AUGUGCCAGUUUCAAGAAAAGUAAGUUGUAAUUGAAUCAGUAAUUUGUGAAACUGGCAGUAAGCUUUAUUAAAUUAGAAGAUUUGAAAAGUAAGAAAUUUUUCACAAUUUUUGUUGUUUUUUUCUUCAGUUUCAAUCAAUUUUCAUUGAAAAUGCAACGAAAAUAUUGAAUAAGAAGAAAAUCCGAAGAAAAACUGUGCAAAAUGGCGAGUCUGUUACGGUCAAAAGUUUUGACCUGACUCCGGAGGUCAACGCGGCAGAGUCUCGAGAAGAAUCUCCAGUCCUGGCGCGAAAGGCUCGGUGUCUCAAAAUCCGCGUCAUUCUUUCUUUUUUCGUGCCUGCUGGACGCUGUGUUGCUGCUGCUCGUGGUAAUUAUCGAUUUUAUCAUUAUAAUCGUUGUUUUGAAAUAGUUUAGCUUGGAUUAUAUUAACUGCAUCUUUGAAAAAACGAUUUUUAUUUUUAAAUCUUUAAGAUCAAAUUACUUGCAGAUUGAAGGCCGAGAAGUUGCACGGCCAACAAUGUCAAUUUUUAUUGUCCUGAAAAACUUUUUUUCAAAAUUGAUCCAUGCGCCUUCAAACAUCAUAGCAAAAAUUUUUAAAAAAACUUUGUUUUUUUCUAGAAACCCAUAAGGACUAUUAUGAAGUGAAAAAAAUUCGAAAUAGUGGCUAAGUUUUUGAAUUUAUUUUGACUUUCUUCAUUCCGCGUUUUCUUAUAAUCGUUUUAAAUUAUAUCUUAUUUCAGAUAAGUUCGCGAAAAGAGCCGACUUUAGUGAGCUUCGUGCCCAACGGAUAAGAUUACAAGAUACGUUUUUAUUUGAUAUUUUCGUGUUAUUUCAUUUAAUCAAAUUUACUAGAAAAUCAACUCGAGAAGGACACGACGGCUGCAGUUUGAAGGGAACAGAUUGGAAUAUCAAAGUAUAAGUUAGAAUGUGGUUUUCUGUUGCUAAUUUGAAAUGUUUAGAAAGGGUUCAUUGGAAAUCGCAAAAACUUACCCGAUCGACAAGUACAACAACUACACGAUCAGCGUCUUCGAUCCACGCGAGUAAGUUUAGGUUCGUUUGUAUUUUUAUUCGAUUCCCUUCCUUUUUGGGAUUGGAAUCGUCCAAAACUGGGGCGGCUGGGCGUUUUCUUUUCAGGAAAAUUCUCGAAAUUGAACAAUUUUCUAGAAUAUAAUCCAAUUUUCUUUUUCCUUGAAAAUUUUUUCGCUCUGUGAAAUAAAGUUCAAAAACAACGUUUAAUCUUAUCUCAGUAAUUUCCUUCUUUAGCAUUAAUAGUGUCUAGAUAAGUAAUAGGAUAGAAAAAACUGGAAAAAGAAAUUACUUUAUUUAUUCAUUUUUUUCAGACUAGUACCUCAAAAUUUUUCAAUUGCAUUUUUUUCUGUUGAUCUACGAAAAAGUUGUCAAUUUUUUUAAUUUCAGCAAAUAUAAUCGAAAAAAAUGUGUAAAAAAAUUUUUCGCGGGAAAUAUUUUUUUAAUCGAUUUUUUUCAAAUUUUUUUACUUUAUUCAAGAGCAUCAAGCCAGACAUUCCAGCAUUUUUCUUCGAAUCGUCCGCGGAAGAAAAAUUGAAUAA